AUGAAUUUUUUUACUAUACAUAACCCAAAUACAGUAAGGUCUUAUGGCUUCAAACCGGCCAAUUAUCAAGUCUCAGGAGAAUUUAGCUUAUUCAUGCACUUAGAUCAGGAUCCAAAAGACAGUGGGAUAGUCGCAUGGUUCGCUGCAGAUAACUCUUGGCAAUUGAUGCAUUAUUUAGGUAACGGAAUUGCGAUAUUUGCACCUCAUAGUGUGGGCUUACAUCCUGAUAUUAAUGGCAGAUUUGCUGUAGCAAGAUUUACUGCUCUAUUAAAUGGAAAUUAUACCUUAAGUCAUGUUAAUAAUACUUAUAACACCUUAAGUAGUUUAGAAACAGGUGGUUAUAUAACUGAUAUAUCUGGCAUCGAGGAUGUAAAAUCAUAUUUAUCAUCUGCUGGUGGUAUUUCCGUUAAAGCAAACGAUUCAAUUGGUAUUGAGUUCGAAAUAACUGCCGCUACUGUUGAAGUCCAAUUAAUACAAAUCACGAUAAAUGUUAUAGUGCCCCAGAAGGCAUUAUUAGAUCUCUUGGAGCCGUAUUAG